ACCAUCCCCCAAAUUCAUUUUCACUGCAUCUUCUUCUCUUUAGCUCACUGGCUCUCCCAACAAUGGAAGCUUUCACCUUGCUCAAAUACUGGAGAGGUGGUGGUACUGCUCUCACCCUUCCAUCUCCCUCUGACACCACCACCAUUUCUAACACCACCACCAUCCUCACCUCCGUAACUCCAAACGAAAACACUAUCGAAAGCAGCGACGACGACGACGAAGGUCCUUUCUUCGACUUAGAGUUCACUGCACCCGAAUAUGACGAUGCUUCUGAAGAAACCAACCAGCAACAAAGAGAAGAAGAAUAUGAUGAUGAUGAUGAUGAAGAAGAAGAAGAAUCUGAUGGCGGUGAUGAGAAUGAGAAUGAGUUUAAGAUAACACUAUCCCCUUCAAGCAACGAAUUACGAAAUGAUGCAAAUCUUUCACUGUCUUCUUCAGAGGAUUUAUUCAAGUUAGUACAAAUGAAACCUUCUUCGUUCGUUCUCAACAACCCUUCCGAACCUAACUCCAAACCUCAGUUCACUACUUCAUUGUUGAAAUCCGCAACUAAGUUUCGUGUAUUCAUAUCUGGACUUAAGAAACCUAAAUCCGAUUCUGUUUCACAGAAGAAACAAAAACCAGAGAGAAUCAAAUUCAAAGUUGAAGAAGUUCCUAUUGUGUCACUUUUCACUAGAGAUAACAGUUCCAAAGGAAACAACAACAAUAACAAAUCUCAAUCGAAUCAGAAUCAGAAACAAGAAGCAUUAUCACCUUUGGAAGAGAAACGGUUCUCCAAGGAAGUAGUUAUGCAUAAGUAUUUGAAAAUGGUGAAGCCUCUUUACGUUAGAGUUUCUCGUAGAUACGGUGAAAAAGUAGGGAAGUUUGUUUCAACUUCAAAUUCAAAUUCAAAUUCAAAUUCCGGUGAAAAAGUUGAAGCAGAAAUAGCCAGGGAAGGUGAAACCGUUGCUGAAACUGAAAAUGUGGAAACAAAUGCGAAGAGUCAGAAACAGGGGAAUAUUCCGGCAGGGCUUAGAGUUGUGUAUAAGCAUUUAGGUAAGAGCCGUUCGGCGUCGUCGGCAGUGGCGGCUUCUCCGCCGGCGUUUGUGUCGUCGAAACGCCGUGAUGAUUCGUUGUUGCAGCAGCAAGAUGGAAUUCAAGGAGCAAUUUUACAUUGCAAGAGAUCCUUCAAUGCCUCCAGAGAGUGUGAAUCUUCUCAACUACCACGUUCUGUGAGCGAUCCAUUGCGUGAGAUAUCACCAGAAUUGUUGACAAGGAUAUCUAAUGACAAGCGCCUUUCAGAUUAUUUUGCAGUGCAAAGUGGAGAGAAAUAGCCAAACAAGAAACUUGAGAUGAAGAGAAAGCUGAUUAGUCUUUUGUUUUCUUUCUUCAAUGCCUUUUUUUUUUUUUAGUUCCUUGGUAGUGUAAAAACUGUAAAGCUCUUCUUUCCGAUAAAGUGAAGGAAGUAUCAGAUCUUUUUUUUUUUCUGUAAGUAGUGUAAGUUUAAUUUAAUGUACUAUAUUUAUCUAUCUAUCCUUCAAAAGAAAAAUAAUAAUGUAUGGGUUUUGUAGUAGCUAGCCAGCUGCUAUUCUGAUUAAUAGGUACCCUAACAACCACAAGAGAAAAUUGUUGUUUUGGUAGCAGCAUUCAA